CCCGCUGUCAAAAUAAAUUCUUGAGCUUGAACGUCUAAGCGUAUAGCCACACGCACUGAGUAAAGGCGAAUUGCGCAAUCCCUUAGUUGGGACUGUUGAGUCAUUUUGUGUGUGCGCACCGAGAGACUUUAUUUUAGUUUUUCCGUCCAACAAGUGGUUUAUUAGGGAGCUCUCCCCUUGUUUCCAAUGGUCCCGCAAAACGGCGGGUGCUAAGAUCCAUGGAAGUGGCCGGUUUUUACGAGGGGGAUUACCUUAAUUUCCACGGCGGUAACAGCACUCACUGUCGCGGUAACAGCACUCACUGUCACAGUAUCAACAGGCUUGACAAGCAGCAAGCCGACGUUUCGAUGACGGAGCUGGGCAUCGCAGAACACGAAAAAGCGAUCGACUUUAGCUUCUACCUUGACCCGACUUUUCAUUACCAGCAACGGGUAUCUCCAGCUGCGCCCGUGGGCCAACCUCGCGGUGAAGACAUCUUCUCAGAUUUCCUUGCUGAAGAAAACAAGAAUAAGCGCACCGCAUCCAUUCAAAACUACAGAAACCUCUUGACAUACAACAAUCUAGAAUCCAGUCAAAACAGUGACCCUAAAGAAUCAGGCAUCGUUGACUACCAGGAACUGCAAGAAACCCGAGUUGACACCGUGUUCAGCCCACAUAUACUCUGCGGCUACCCAAACAGCGGGUUAAAAAAAGAAUUGAAAGAAGACGCCAGAAUGGACGGCGGUUCUUCUGGCUACGGGAUGACAUCGUAUCUGCAGUACAAGUCGGCCCCAAGUGACAGCCUUGGGAACAUUUCUACCGCUUCCUCUUGCAGUUCACCUGGGACACCUGGCCCGCCAGGUCGAAGCAGGUCGCCAGUGCAUGGCACGACACCAUACGGCAGCAAGGGGAAGAAACAGGUGGACAGAAACAGCAAUGAAUAUAAACAGCGGCGCGAGAGGAACAACGUCGCAGUGAGAAAGAGCAGGGACAAAGCCAAAGUUCGCAACAGCGAGACGCAACUUAAAGUACUAGAGCUGGCGGCAGAGAAUGAACGUUUGCAGAAACGCGUGGAACAGCUGUCAAGAGAACUGGCCACCCUGCGAAACUUGCUCGCUGCCACAGGGCAAUGCUGACCAGAAUCGUCUCGAACAGAAUAUGGUAUUUGUGGGACCUUGAACUCAGGCUGGGACUGUAUCACAGGUUCAUUGUUCUUUUUACUUUAAUCCGAGGUGCAACGUUUACCGUGAUAUCUUAAAAGGAGCAAAUUAAUUGUAUUAUUGAGUGUAUGAAAACGAAGCAACUCCUCGUGCAUGGAUUGCAUAGUUUAUCAUCGCAAUAUUUGGUGACAUGCCACUGUGCCCCGUUAUGUUUUGUUUAAUCAGUUUUAAUAUAUAGCCUAAACAUGGUUUACGGUUAAAUUUAGCCUACAUUGUCUGUUAUUUAAUUUUUUUUCAAGCAAUAGCUGUGAAGUGUAAAUUUAUACUGCACGUGUAUGAUGCAAUCCGAUGUAACAGUAUUGGCAAUGCAGUGAAAUAAUCUAUUCAAGAUGUGUACACGUUUUUGAAUAGUAAAUCUAAAAUGUUUUAAUUAAAAUUAUUUCUACUUUGUUA